CCCAUCUUAUUAUAUAAUCACUUGAUAUUAACAAGAAACCAGCAUAUAGUUGAAUCUACACCCUUUAGAUCAUAUAUAUAUAUAAAGAUCACUAUCAUAUAUAUUUGGCAAAACAAAUUCUUAUAUUGGAUACACCACCAUGUGGACUAUCAUCUAAUGAUCUACAAUUUUGAUCUCUCUAGUAUGUAAGGAAAAUAUGGGCAAGGUUGGUGGUGUUAUGAUGGGGUUUUAUAUCUUUCCGUUGGAGACUCCGGCGAGGUUACUGUGGAGUACCAGUUUCUUCCGCCACAAGCUCAUAAGCUUCUAACUUUUUGUCCUCUGUACUUAUUCCGUACAAAUAUACACUUCCCCUUCUAUAAAUUCCUUCUUGUUUCCUUGUCGGAGAGAUCUGGACACAGAUACAUACAUACUCAGCCGGACGGUUUUUCUUCGAUCCCUCAGCUUGCCACGGCAACAUGUUGUUCCAAGGGAACACUGAUCCCGUUUUCCGAGGGCCGAGAUCAAUGAUCAACAUAGAGGAAACCAGCAAGAGGAGGCCCCUUUUCAGCUUGCCCGGCGACUUUUUCGAAGAGGAAUGCUACGACGAGCAGUCACCAGAGAAGAAGCGCCGCCUCACACCUGAGCAGAGCUUUGGGUUGGAGAACAAACUGGAGCCCGAGCAAAAGACCCAGUUGGCUAAGAAGCUGGGAAUGCAGCCAAGACAGGUUGCUGUGUGGUACCAGAAUCGAUGGGCUCGAUGGAAGACUAAGCAGCUUGAGAGGGGCUAUGAUCUCCUCAAGUCUUCGUAAGACACCCUUAUGUCUAACUAAGACUCUCUUGCCAAGGAAAAUGAAAAGUUCAAGUCAGAUAUUUUUAGUUCUUUUUGCUCUUAAUUUGAGAUUUGUUUAGGUUCUUUGAACAUUUGUUUAGAUAAUAUUUAUGAGAACUGAGAUCAUAUUUUUGCACUAGAUGGG